AUGGAGAAGAAGACCAAAUUUUGUUGUCGGCCGAUGAUAGCCAUCGUGGUACUGACGCUGGCAACGACGGAAUAUCCGGCGAGAGUGAGAGCAGUCAACUGUAACCCGAUGGAGCUGAGCCCAUGCGUGGAGGCCAUGACUCUAGCUGCGGCCGGAGAGGCCACGGUGCCUCCGGUGAUGUGUUGCCGUAAGCUGAGGGAGCAGCGGCCCUGCAUGUGUGGUUUCAUCAAUGAUCCCAACCUCCGUCAGUUCAUCGGCUCUCCCGUUGCUAUGGCCGUCGCUGCCUCCUGCGGCCGCCCUCAUCCCCACUCUUAG